GCCUGGUAGAGGUCGGGGGCUGUUGUGGGGAGGGGCCUAGAGAAUGUGGGGCGAAGCUGCACCCCCCCCAGGCGACAGCCCUGGGGCCUGGACCUCCCCAGGCCUGUAUAAUGAGUAAGGUCUCAGACACUGUUCACCUUCAGGGAUCAUCUGUGACGAUGCAGGUCUAUUCGGUUCCAGCAGUGAGCAUUUUACAGGUCACAGAUGGAUUUUGUGCUUGAUGGCGGUUUUGCUCUGUGCAAGGUAGUAUGAAUCUGGAUUGUCUCUCUAGUCGCUCUAGAAGGCAUUUGACACCUCAGUUACAUUUUCACUCCUGAAAUGACUGACGGUGGCUUGUCAUUUUUGGCUGACGGUCAGGUUAGGCCAUGGGAUGUAAAAGCUCCUCCAGGAUUAGCCCGGCGCACAUAAAUACAAAGGGGAGGUAAACGGGGCCUUUAAUAAUAAUGCCGAUAUAUAAGGCAUUGAGUGUGUUUUCAGAAUUUAAAGGUUUAGUUGGUUUUGUACAGUGAUGAACCUUGAUUCUAUUCAGUCUGUAUGUACUUAAAAAACCCCUUUUCUGAUGAGGUUGCCAUUGUUAUAAACAAUGUAUAUGGUGACAAUUACUGAAUAUUCUCGGUUAAAACCACCCCUUGUUCUAAUCACUGCUAAAACCUUGUCUUUUCAGGGAAGACAGACAUGUAGCUGUGAAAAUAGUAAAAAAUGCUCCUGGGUACUCUGAAGCAGCUUAUGGAGAAGUACACGUGCUACAACACUUAAAAACGUCAGAUCCCAACCAUACACAGUGAGUAGACAAGGGCGACUGUACUUUGUUUUGGCUUUUAAGAUUUCUGUGACAUCGCUUUCUGGACCAUAUGACCUAUGUAUCUCGGCGUUCUACAACUUCUGUUGCAAUUAAUGGAUUUUCCUGCUCUUGCAGGCACUGUGUCCAGAUGUUGGAAUGGUUUGAGUACCAUGGGCAUGUCUGCAUGGUUUUUGAGCUGCUGGGGCUCAGCACCUUUGACUUCAUUAGAGAGAAUUGCUUCUUGCCAUUUACGCUGGAGCACAUCAGACAGAUGGCUUAUCAGAUCUGCAAAUCUGUGAACUUUUUGCAUGUGAACAAGUUGACACAUACAGAUCUGAAGCCAGAAAAUAUUUUACUUGUGAAUGCUGACUACGUAGAAGAAUAUAACCCCGAACUGGAAUGCUAUGAACGAAGACUAAAGAAUACGGACAUCAAAGUUGCGGACUUUGGGAACGCAACGUAUGAUUUUGAUUAUCAUAGCCCUUUGGUGUCUACAAGACAUUACAGAGCUCCUGAAGUGAUCCUAGCACUGGGAUGGUCACAGCCAUGCGAUGUUUGGAGCAUAGGAUGUAUCCUCAUAGAAUACUACCUUGGAUACGCAGUAUUUCAGACCAAUGACGACAGAGAACACCUGGCAAUGAUGGAGCGAGUACUGGGGCCUUUGCCAAGGCACAUGAUAGAGAAACCCAGGAAACACGAAUAUUUCCAUCAUGCCCGGCUGGACUGGGAUGAACAGAGUCUUGCUGGAAGAUGUGUCUCAAAUUGGUGUAAGCCCCUAAAGGAAUUCAUGACCUGCCACAAUUCGGACCACAGGAACCUCUUCGACCUCAUUCAGAAGAUGUUGGAGUAUGACCCAGCUAAGCGCAUUACUCUGGAGGAAGCACUGAAACAUCCUUUUUUCUCGCCCUUGAAACGGCAGAAAAGGAAGCUGCCUCCUGUUGCUGAGAAGGCUGAUGCCGAUGUCACUCCAACGAGACAAAAAAAAUAUUAAUU